AUGGCGCUGAGAAUUUCGCGCAAGCUUUCCUUCAAUCUCCUAAAAAACCAAUCCCUCUCCAAAAACCCUUUCUCCACUGCCACAAAUUAUCUGCAAAAAUCACCGCUUCAACCGAUCUCUCUUCAAAAACCUGGAUCUCACAGCACACAGAUCUAUAAUCCCAAGUCCUUCGAGCCAAAAACUCCACAAAACCGCCAAACCCUCCGUUUUCCGCACGAUUACCGUCAUAUUCUAUCCCACAGGCGCUCGAAUUUGAUCCCCAAAUCAACUUCCCAUCCCCUGCUAAACCCUAGCCAUAGCUCCCAAUCCCCUUUUGGUACGUAUCGAAACUUCAGACCUCUAUCCACCUCAAAUUCAGACCAAUCGCCGUCCGAAAACCCUAAAGAGCAGCGCGAGGAAUUCAAGCACCAGGAAAUCACGGGCCCCACCGUGGAUCGGGAUCUAUCGGCCCUGGCCAACGAGACCCGAGAAGUUCUCGAGACGAUGAUGAGGACCGUUUAUAGCUUGAGCAAGGUUUUAGCCGGGUUAGGCCUCGUCCACCUUGGCCUGGGAGCUUGGAUAUCGUACGGCAUGAGGGACUCUCCCUUGCCGGAGGUUUCUGUUCAGAGCUUGCUGGCGUUCGGUCUGCCCUUCUCGGUGGCUUUCAUGUUGAGGCGAGCUUUGAAGCCCAUGUACUUCUUCAAGAAAAUGGAGGAGCAAGGGAGGCUUCAGAUUCUGACGCUUACUCUUCAGGUCACAAAGAAUUUGAAUACGUUUUUUGUUCGCCUUCGUGGGGUUUCGUAUUUGUGCAUUGCAGGUGCUUCGUUUGGUUUGAUCUUAGUUGCAGUGUCUAGGUGA